CCCCCGUGCCUCUCGCGCGGAACGCGGGCACCUUCUCGUUCGCGCAUCGAAGCAUGGCCAUGCGGCGCAGCUGAUGUGCGAGGUGGAUGUGGUGAAGAAGAUCUCUGAGAUGGAGCAGAAAGCUCAAGUGUGGCAGGGGGAUUUGGAUCAAGAACUUCACAGGCUCAACCGCCAAUUGAACGAGCAGACGUCGCAGGUUGAAACUCUGAAGCGGCAUUUGGAUCAGAAGAAGAGGAACGGCUCCGACGGGUCCAGCGAGGAGCGCGGCUUCGAGGAUGCCAGGGCUGCACAGCUGCGGGAGAGGGAGGAGUUGCUGCAAGCGAAGGAGAAACAGCUGCGGGAGAGGGAGGAGUUGCUGCAAGCAAAGGAGAAACAGCUUUUGGAACGUGAGCAGACUCUGCAAAGGGAGAAGAAGCUCUUGCACGAACGGGAGCAGUCCUUCAUCGCCAAGGAGAGGACAUGGACGAUACGAGAGCAGCUCUCGACGCACUCGUUGCGCAGCACCCGUCCUCGUCACCGGGGCGUCAUGGCACUCGGGAACCGUGGAAUAGACUUCUGA